AUGCCGGGCAAAACACCUCGUGGCAACGGCAAGGAGCCUGUUGAAAAUGGUGGCAUCCGUAACAACAAGGAUGUUGAGAUGAAGGACGACGCCACGCUCAAGGGCAAGAAGAAGCCCGGAAAGGGCGGCGAUGGCGAGGCCACCGUCGUCGUAGCACCAUCAAAAGGAGCCGGCAAGCAGCAGGGCGAGGAUGGCGAUGUUGCCAUGGCAGACGGCGACGCCUCUGCGGAAGAGGAGGAUGUCGUCAAGGUUGACCCUGCUGUUCAAACAUCUGCAGAUAUCAAGAGCAACUUCGCUCUGCUCGAUCGCGCCGUCGCCCUUUUCGAUGCUCGCUUCUCCCUUCGCGCGAUGCGCUCCAUCUCAUCUCUCCGCAAGCGCCUGACCCCCGAUAUUCUGGCACGCGUCAUUUCGGAGACCUUCCCGGCGAAUUCCGCACCCGCAAAGCAGCUGCUGGCCGCCCUCGGCCGGGAGAACCUUCCGCUGGGCCGGCGGCCAAACGGUGCAGAGAUGGAGGUCGACACACCUGCUUCGGCAGCAACCCCGACCAAGAAUGGUGCGUCUGGCACGCCGCCGCCAUCUGCUACUACCACACCCAAGAAGGACAUCAUCCCCGAGAUCGAUAUCUUCCUCGGCAUCCUGAUCCUCGUUCACCUGUACGACGCUAAGCAGCAGCAACGUGGCUACGAUUUUGCGCGCGUCCUGACUGAGCGCAUCCACACUCUGAACCGGCGCACGCUCGACUCGCUCGCUGCUAAGGUGUAUUUCUACUACUCCCUGUUCAGCGAGCAGCUUGCCCCUCUGCCACCCUCGCCGCAGUCGCCCGUCAUCGCUAUCCGCCCUGCUCUGCUGGCUGCGCUCCGUACCGCUGUUCUGCGCAAGGAUGUCGAUACGCAAGCCGCUGUCAUUGUGCUUCUUCUGCGGAAUUACCUAUCGACAUCAAACAUUGCUCAGGCCGACCUAUUGGUGUCCCACACUCAGUUCCCGGAGAACGCGGCUAACAACCAGGUUGCCCGGUUCCUGUACUACCUGGGACGCAUCCGUGCCAUUCAGCUGAACUACACCGAGGCCCACGAGCACCUGACCGCUGCUACGCGGAAGGCGCCUUCAAGCCCCUCGGCUGUUGGGUUCUCUCAGACAGCGACCAAGCUGCUGCUUGUCGUGGAGCUCCUCAUGGGUGACAUUCCCGACCGCGCCAUUUUCCGGCAGGCCACUCUGGAGCAGGCACUGCACCCGUACUUCCUGCUGGUGCAGGCUGUGCGCGUCGGCAACCUGGAGGACUUUGAGACGACCAUUGCCGACCACGCCGACACGUUCCGCAAGGACGGCACCUACUCGCUGAUCCUCCGCCUACGCCAGAACGUCAUCAAGACGGGCAUCCGCAUGAUGUCGCUGUCGUACAGCCGCAUUUCUUUGCGCGACAUAUGCAUCCGGCUGCACCUAGGUAGCGAGGAGUCUGCAGAGUACAUUGUUGCCAAGGCCAUCCGAGAUGGCGUGAUCGAGGCCACACUCGACCGCGAACACGGCUUCAUGAAGAGCAAGGACGUUGGUGACGUGUACGCCACACGCGAGCCGGGCGAGGCCUUCCAUGACCGUAUCCGGGCUUGCCUCGCUCUGCACGACGAGAGCGUCAAGGCGAUGCGUUUCCCCAUGAAUCAGCACCGGUUAGAGCUGAAGAAUGCUCAGGAGGCACGAGAGCGCGAGCGUGAGAUGGCGAAGGAGAUACAAGACGGCGACCUGGAUGAGGAUGACCUGGGUGGCGAGUUCGACGGCAUGUAA